AUGACAUUGAACAAUAACAUUUCUUUCUCGGUGGCUCUUGUAGCCACGACAGUCGUCCUCUUCGUUGCCACCGCCAACAGCCAGGCCACGAAUCCCUGUUCCGUGGCUGAUGACAAAGCACUAUGUGUCGCCCUCGUUAAAGGCGCCAAAACCUGGCCAGAAGCAAUGACAAAUGCACUUGAGGCAACAUUACAGAAGGCAAAUGUUGCAAAAACAGUAGCUUAUGGAAUUCCCAAAAAGCUGUCUUCCACUUUGAGGCCACAGUCAAAGGAAUCCAUCGAACAAACAUGCAAGGAUGCUUAUCAAAACAUCAUUGAUAACAGCAAAGAAUGCUUAGGAUAUGUCAAAAAUGGAGACCCCAUGAAUUGCGUUGAUGUGCUGAACGAAUUUGGGGAAUCAUUGCCUGAAGUUUCUCAGUUUAAUGCUGAAAUGAGGAAAUUUGCUGGUACUCUCUUGGCAAUUGCUGAUACCAAUAAGAAAAAGUAG